ACUGAGGGUGCGCGCGGACAGAUUGCUGGUGCGCGACAGGAGGCUGACGCCCAGCGGCUCGGCGGAUCGCGCGUUCCGUGUAUCUGUCGUGAUAAACGUGACGAACGAUUUUCAGUAUCGGUACAUGCAUACACGGCCUCGUUGACGACUACGAGGUCGCGUCGAGGUGUCAGUCUGCCGAUCCGCUCAGUCACCCUCGUCCAUCGUUGUUCUACGACAGAACUGCGAACUGCGCGGUCGCUGCUUCGUCUUGCCGCGAAUCUGUCCCGCGUUCGCUCUCGAUGAUGCACGAUGGGGUCGAUGGAAGUGCACCGGAUACCCUCGGAGAUUCGUGUUCUGUGUGGUGUUCGCAAGUAGGCCCCGUCACCAGCUGCUGCUUGUGCGCGACGGGAUAUCGACGUCGUCAUGCCGGAGCGUCGUUGACGCGAGAAGAAACGAGAAGGGUGGCUGAUUGAACGGUGACGGUGAGCAGAAGAACGAAGACAGUUCGGCGCGGUCGUUCACACUCCAGAGAUACUACCGCGAUAACGCGUCGAGUCCACGAUCAAGAUGAGGUCGACCGUAGCCGGCGUCUUUCUGCUUCUGUAUCUCACCUGCGCCCGUUUGCCGCGUGUCACCACUACCGUCGACCCAUACUGCGGCGGCCACCUGGCUGGUCCGCGGGGUGUCAUACACACACCGAAUUUCCCCGGGCCCUUUUCGCUGCCGAUCAAGUGCCGCUGGGUGAUCGACGUGUCCGACAUCCCGUCGAUCAACAGCUCUAUCGUCGUCUACCUGACGCAGCUCUACGUCUACAAGGGGCUGCGCUUCACCGAGUACGCGUACUACGAAUCCGAAACCAUGAAUUUCGGCGCGGCCUUGGUGAAGGAGGUGACCGAAGGCAACGUCUUCGAGUACCGCCGUCUGAGGACCUUCCGGCCGUUCCUGGUGAUCGAGUUUGAGCUCGACCGCUUCGAGGGCAAUCACGUACGCGUGUUAAACGACCUCCUCGACGUGUACGGCUUUAACGUGACGUACGAGAUGACAGAGGAACAGCCGAAUCCCGAGUCCUGCACUAUGCGCGAUUGCUCCUUUGCGGGGAACUGUCUCGUCUCCGCGGAUUACACGUCUUUCUGGUGCGACUGUUUCGACGGUUUCAGCGGGAGAAGUUGUAACGAGGGUCCAUUGUGUUUCAACGAUCAACACAGUCCGGUUUGCCAAAACGAAGCUAUGUGCAGACAAAUUGGAGCGGAGGCAAUGCGCUGCGAUUGUCUGGACGGCUACGUCGGCCACAAUUGCGAAACUCGCCUUCUGGACAUUUUGGACACCGAAUGCGCUUCGGAGAACUGCAUACUGCAAUGUCCUUUUGACGAGCAACAACAGCAGCAGCCGUGCACCUGUAAAGACGGUACAAAGAUAUACAACAACAGAUCGCGGUACGAGUGCAGAAUCAAGUUGUCGAACGUCACGUCUCUCCGCACCGGCCUGAUAUCGCAGCACGGCAGCCUGGAGUCGUUCGUCAGUAAACAGCUCGCCAAGUACCUAAGGAACUCGAAUAUCACUUCAAUGGAGGAGCUAAAAAUCCUGAGCGUGACACCCACCGCCGAGGUUACCUUUCAUUUUUUCGGCAACUCCGACGACGGGGAUAAGAUCCGCGAGUCGCUCAAUCGACUCGUGCAGCGUCGACGUCUCAGCGAAAUCGCCCUGGAAUCCACGCACUUCACGUUCCAGCAGAAGCCCGCACUCAAGUUGCAGAAUCUGCGGAUCAAUCAGGUGAACGAUUAUGAUGUUCACUUGGGAGAUCAGAUCGUCUUGUCGUGCGCCGCUCAAGGAAGCUACGGCAUAAACUUUACCUGGUACAAGGACGGCAUGUUGGUGAACACGAGCAAAGCCACCAGUUUCCGAGAAAUUUGGAUCAGCAAUUUGCCAAACGACGGCUCGGACGUGUACACAUCGGUGUUGACCAUCGAGAAAGCGACCCUGCUCGAUGGCGGUCAGUACACGUGUCAGGUGGUGGACUGGGGCGUGCAGCAGUGCAAGAGCAUCUACAUCGAGAUUAGAGAUGAGCCGGACGUAAAGGUGGUGCCGAUGAGCGCCAUCAUAGAGAAAGGUAGCAAUAUUCAGCUGACAUGCACGACGCCCAACAUGCGAAACAUCGGGAUCGGGUUCGGUUGGACGAAGAAUCGCGCUCUGCUGAAACUGGAGCCCGGUCAAGCGAUUUGGGAGGAUCUAUAUCCAGCGGGUAGCAUCCUGAAGAUCACUAACGCUCAGAAAUCCGCCAUCUACACCUGCAAUGUAGCGCACAAGUCCAUGUCCGUCCGUGUAGAAGUGAUGAAUCGAACAUUGAUACCGAUCUGCAUCGGCGGCAAGUCCUGGGGUCUGCAAUGGCCGGACACGGCGCCAGGAUCGGAGGCGUUGCUGGAGUGCCCUCGAUACUUCGUGGGUCGACGAGUCUCGAGACUCUGCUCGAUGAAGGACGCCACUACGCCCGAAUGGCAGAUACCGGACUUCUCGUUAUGCUUGUACAAGCCGUUGGUCUCGCCUUACAAUAACUUUCGAAGCCUAACGUUGGGUUACCAAAAUACCACGAGCUCGGACACGAUCCUCGCCUUUUGGGAGAUUCUGCGCAAACGCACGUUGCCGCUCUACCCCGGCGAAGGCGAUCGAAUAAUAAGCAUGUUGGAGGAAAUCGAACGGUAUCAGCACAAUAUCGAUUCGCUGAACGCGUCGGUCUCGGCGGAGGCGCUCACUCACAUAUUAAAUCGUAUACUGAGCGACGAGUACUCGAUCUUGAGUCAAGAGAAGUUGUCAGUGCUGCUGCAGCUUACGCAACGCAAUCUAAUUCACUGGUCCAAGCAACUCAAGCAAGUGUACAAACAUUUGGCCCUGUCGUCCAUGGUCGUGGAUAUUCAGCAACUGCAAUCUCACACUGGGGAUAGUAUCACGCAUUCGCUUCAAAUGCCGUCGGCCGAGCACGUGUACCCUGAUUGGUACGAGGAUAAAAUAGCUGUGCGUUUGUGGAAGAAGAGACAGCGCAAUGUAAAGUCUAACAGCACAUUUACCGGGAUUGUUAUCGUGUACAAAAACAUGUCCCGCUUUAUCCCAACGGCGUAUGUCACGGAGCUCGACGACGGCACGGAUCUCGAGUUUCGCAUCAAUUCCCGAGUGAUCAGCGUCGCGGUACCCUCCUUCGGGAUCGAUAAAUUCAGUAAGAUAUGGGUCGACUUGCAAAUCCGGCAUUUGCAAAACCAAACGAGCUCCUGGAACACGUCGUGCGGCCUGAUGGACAACACUGGGUCGUGGGAUCUCAACAGCUGCAUAGCGAAUACAGCAUUCGGCGACGUCACGACACACUGUCUGUGUCCCACCGCGGGCACCGUCGCCGUUUUCUUGACGACUCGCGCGGUAAAAGUAGUACUGGCGAAGACAGAACAGACCACGUUCAUUAUAAUAUUCGGAUGUAGCAGUUGCUUGGUUCAGUGUUUGCUGUCCGCGCUGAUACUGAGCACCUUUUGGUGGAAGCACAGAAGCUGGCUGAAUUUCUUGAAGCUCCAGUGCUGCGGCGCAUUAAUCGGCGCGAUGGCCAUCUUCAUUUACGCCGUCCACAAUAAUCUGCCAGAGUCAUCGUACUCGCUCGUGGCGAUCGGAUUGGAAGCGUUUCUCCUUGUGGGCAUGUCGGCGCCCAUCUCCGAGGCUCUGAUAGUGUACGCUGAGCUUACACAGAUCCGACCGAGUCAGCAUCUUCAACCGACAGUUAUCGCCGUGAUAACCGGUGUCCCCAUCAUGGCUGUAUUCGCGACUGAACUUACGCACCAGAGUACCGGAUGGCGACACGAAUCCUGGUGGCUCAUUUAUGGCAGCGGCGUCUACAACAUAUUCGUCAGCUGCGCCACGAUGAUGUUCUUGGUGUUCAUAUUGCUGUACAUGGGGGUGCUGCACAAAGUCCGCACGCUAGUGGAGGAGAACGUGAUGAAGAGAGAAGCAAUAGAAACGAGGAUACGAACACUGCAUCACGCGGCUAUCAUCAUCUGCGGUAUCAUCGCCAUGGAAUCGUCAUCUAUUAUCUACAUCAAUUCCUCGUCCAUAAUCUUUCAUUACGUAUUCGCGUCUUUAUCGUUCGCUUUGGGCUUCGACAUAAUCAUCGUGUACAUCGUGAACGCCGAGGUUGCGAUUAUCAGGCCAAUGCUGCGAAAAAUCAGAUGGAAACGCAGCGUGGACGAGGAGCACACGUCUGAGCCGAUCAAAGUAUGCUCAAAGGGUGACGCCGAGAUGGAGAACGACUCGGCGACACCGCCGGCGACCUUGUCGAUCUCCGGCGAGCCGUACCGGGAAGUCCGCGGCGUCGCCGCGGGCAGCAUCGACAUGCGCGAGUUUGUGUCCGAGUCGUCGUCCGUCUACUCUGGCAAGUCAACGGCCGUGGUGGCGACCAGCAGAUUUCUGCCGGAGAUCCGGGUGGACCGGUCGGACGACAUCGACCUCGAGAACUACAGCACGAGUCCGCGCAAGUACCAGGAGCCGGUGGCGGUGUUCGACUCGACCACCGCAGCGAGCACGUUCUCGGCACACCGCAGCUCUCGUUGCCUCGUCAACGAUGCGGUCAACUACAGCGUCAAUGACUGCUGUAGCUUUCGUGAUAUCGCCAAGUACCGCGACAGCAAGUUGUUCUUGCCGACGAGCAGCGUGUCGACGACCGAUUGUCCAGCGGCCAAGGUCCUCUGCAGCGCCGAUGUAGAGUCACGGAUGAGCGCGAUGCCGGACGUCACACUGGCCGUGAAGAGCGACGUCGAGCUGUUGGCGAGCGCGGAGCUCAAAAACCGAGAACACACGGUCAGCAACGCCAUACCCGAUAUCGCCAAUACGAGCGAGCGCAAGCAGCCCGACGGCGAGGAGAAGAAGACUCCGGAGAUCAUGGUGACCGGCUGCGACAGCGCGACCAGCGGCAUGUUGGACCGCAUCUCGCACGACCUCGACUAUCUGCUUAAUCGCACACACGCGAAGGAGAGUGCUUGAGACUCCUUGCCGUCUCCUGGGGACUGCUGAGACACGCGUAGCGAGAAAAUAUUCUCACCGUGAAACAAGCCAAUCAGGUUGUUAUUGUACAAAGACAGAAUCCGUCGCGGAUCUUGGCGCGAGCCCGGCGGGGCGUCGUGUAUUGUUUCAGGUGUUCGUCGAUAUUUCUUUACAACGGAGACUCUUCCCGCGAGUUCGUAAACGUAAACAUGAUAUAAUUGUGACAUGAUAUAACUUGGAAGAUAAAGGUCCAAAAAGCGCGGUGACGAUCGGCGAAUACGUUCAUAUUCGCGGUGACUUGUAAGAUGAACGAUUCGUCGAUGCUGUCAAGCGUCUGAGCGAGAAAACUUGUUUCUCGCAUGUUAUCAGAAGAUUCGCGAGUCGCUGAUGCAUGUCGUUGCGCGGUCUUUUCUCAUUUCUUACAUUGUCGCUUAGAAUCUCGCGCCAGACCGAAGUCGUGAAACAAUCGCUGAUCACGAGUCGGCAAGAGACCGUGCGAAAGAUGAUUAUCGUUAGCGCUCUAUCCGUCAAAGUGUACGUCA